AUUCACAUCCAUCUUUUGCUUCAUCACUCUUCUGAAACAUAUUGUCCAAAGUUUCGUCACUCCCAAAACUCUCCUCUCAGCUCAACUCUCAUCAAUGGCGGAUCGUCCUCAGCCACACCAGCUCCAAGUUCGUCCCCAGCAUGGCCUUGGGGUCAAGACCCAAAACCAAGGCCCGUCAACUGGCCAGGUCCUCGCAGUCAUAACUGGCCUUCCGGUUGGCGGAACCCUGCUAGCGCUUGCUGGUCUCAUACUCAUGGGCACCAUCAUUGGGGCUCUGUUGGCCACCCCACUCUUCAUCAUCUUCAGCCCGGUUCUUGUCCCGGCUCUCUUUGUCAUCGGCCUGGCCGUUAUCGGAUUUCUAACUUCGGGCGCUUUUGGACUGACUGCACUCUCGUCUCUGUCUUGGGUCACCAACUACCUCCGGAGGGCCACAGGGUUGGUGCCAGAGCAUCUGGACCAUUUGAAGAGGCGCACGGCGGAUAUGGCGGAGUUUGUGGGACAGAAGACCAAGGAGGGCAGCCAAGACAUCCAGAGUAAGGCCCAAGACGAAAAGAGGAGGACAUGAAAGUCGUUGAAGUGGAAGAAGGCUAGAGAGGUUGUAUACGAGAAUGGAAGGGAAAUAAUGUCGUAACCUCUUUCAGGUGGUUUUCUAUUGUUAAGUGUCGAUGUUGGCUGGCUUCAGAUGUGUACGUAGCUAGUGCUGUUCGUUUUGUCAUGUACUUGUUCUUGUAUGUAGAAGAGUCUAAUGAGGUGGUUUAUUGCAGAAUUUAAGAGGUCCAUGAAUGUCGGUUAUGGUUACCUCUAGAAUCUGGCACUUCCUGUGUAAUUAUCUACAUUGUGUUUAAUGUAUGUCCUUAAAUUUUAAUUAUGCAAA